AUGGACACAGACACAUGUCCGGGAAAGACAACAGACGACUCACUGUACAGUCUCUUACCGACAUCGAGGUUCAAUCCAAAAUACAGCUCUUCCUUACCGGUGGAUGAUACGUCCAGAACGCAGCUCGACGCCAGAAAACAGAGCAGGCUCAAAGGAUCAACAAUCAGCGAAGAAUACGGUAACACACCAGAGCCACCCACGAAUGAUCUAAUCGCCCAUUCAUCCUUCGAUCGACCGAGGGAGAUUCCUUAUAGAUUCCUUGCAAAGCGCCAAGACUGGCUGGAGCGGCUCAUAAUGUACAACAGCACCGUCAUUUUGUUUUUAGCGUUCAAUGCCUUUGUGCCAACAUUCCCCCAGCAGGUAGAUCGGCUCGUCAAACAAUAUGCCGAAAUCGCGCGAAAGGCGGCACAUGAAUGGUCGACGCUUACACCGGUUGGGACGCUGAAGAUCAAGUUAGGAGUAACGACAUUAAGGCUCGAAGCCCACGGCAAGCAAGGCAACGAGACAAUCCCUUGGGGUUUCGUCGAGGAACUGGCAUACAGAAUGGGCAGAGCUGCAAGGGCUGGGUUCGACGGAUUUUUUGAAGCGGUCGGUUUAGGGGUAUGGUUUGGGGCACCAGUUGCUUACGCUGUUUUCCUCGCCCGAUUUGUCGGGCCUCGCCAAGACCGUUUGAUCCCAAACCUUAUUGGUUAUUAA